AUGGAACACCCCGAGGAGCGUUACUAUAAGCUCAACCGAUUCUUCCUGAUGGCUAGCGGACUAUGGCCUUAUCAAAAGGCGAGGGACGCUCUUGUGAUGAGAGUCCUAAUCACUGUCGUGGAACUGUCAACGAUGUUAGUUGAGGUGACUAGUAUUCUUACAUCAGAGAUUACAAUAGAUUACUUGGUUGAUUUGUUACCAAUACUCAUACCUGUACUGGGUUCAUUAAUUCAUUUACACACUCAUAUUAUACAAAUGGACAAACUUAAAGAAAUGUUCAACCAUAUGUGGGAAGACUGGAAGUUACAAAUGACAAACGAUGAGGUGAAAAUCAUGCACAAAUAUGCAGAGAUUUCGAGAUUCAGUUAUCUGGAAGUUUCUUGA